GCGCUUUCUCCGUCCAUAGCAGCGCUUUUUCCUCCUCGAAUUCCUCACCCGCACACUUAAACCAAGAAGACCGCAGACAACAUUUCGCCCUCUCUUACAAGCCCUCUUCCUGCACAUUUACCGCACGUGGUGAUCUGCCGCCUUCCGCACUGAAGAGAAGAAACGCGACCGGCUACUUCCUUACACACACGCACACACACACACACACUUGCUAAGAUGGGUCGUGGCAUUGUCUUCGCCGUUGCGUUGUGCGCGCUGCUUUCGGUGGUGAGCAGUGGCACAGUUCUGGCCGCCCCUGCUUACAAGUUGGAGUUGGUGCAGCUUGUGCACCGCCACGGCGCCCGCUCCGCGCUUGUCUCGUACAACGAAACCAAGAUCUGCGGCACCGAGUUCCCCUGCGGUUACCUGAACUACCAAGGGCAGCUGAUGCUGCUGAACUUCGGCAAGUUCCUACGCCACCGCUAUACCGAGGACGCGUCGGUGGUGUCGGAGCCGUACUUCCCUUACGAUUCCUACAACUUGUCCAUUUCGUACACUCGCUCGACAGAUGUGCUGCGCACGCUGCAGAGUGCCAAUGCGCUGCUGCGGGGUCUCUUCCCCGAUUCAUCCGCCUACUUUCCUGCUGUGCACACUGUCGAAAACCACGAGGAUGUGCUGCUGCACAGCUCAAUGGUGCCGCUCAUUCGUGCCCGAUACAACUAUGCACAGCAGGAGGUGCGCGAUGUGUGCGACCCGGUGCUGGACAAGCGCAUGUCCUUCGAGACCCUCCAGGCGACGGCCGCAGAGGUGCACUCGCAAGACUUCUGCUCCAACUACACCCUGCGCUCCGCCUGUGCGGAGACGCUGUGCGACAUUGCGCAUGCGUACGAGUCCACCGGCCAGCUCGACUCCACGCCGUUGCUGCGACAACACCUCGACGACGUGUGCGCCGUGACGGCGACCAGCUCAUACUUUUACUUCAGCUACAACAAGAGCGACCCCGUCCACCAGAAGCAGGGGGGGCCGUACUACCACCUGACCAAGACGUUGGUGCGCAACAUGCACCUGCACCUGCACCACAAGACGGCGCCGCCGUUCAAGCUGUACGAGUACAGUGCACACGACAGCACCAUCUCACCGCUGGCCACCUCGCUCGGCGACAACUCGCUGGAGGCGAUGCUGCCGCCCUUCGGGACGGCCUUCAUCGUGGAGCUGCUGUCUGCGGCAGAGGGCUCCGCCUCGUCGAAGUCGUGGUACGUGCGAGUGCUGCGCGGCCACCCUGGUGUGACGCCAUCCACCAACUUCACCUUCGCCCUGAACCACUUCCCGAUGCGCUGCAUGAACGCGGAGAAUAACACGUACGUCGCCGACGACAACGUGUGCCCACUGGCCGACUUUGAGCGCUUUGUGGCCUCCACCGCGCCGACGAGUGAGAUGGGCACGUGCUACUUGGACCCGAUCCUGAACGGCCGCAUGGACUGCCCGGUGGACGCCGUGGGCGACAACCGCACUCUGUCCUCGGACUGCCUUGUGUAUCGCAAGCUGUGCCCCAAGUACGCGUGCGGCACCGGCUACUACCUCGACGCCGUCGACUACGGCUGCCGCCGCAUCAAGGCGACUGAAGAGGUCACCGAGUCGACCGGCAUGUCGCGCGGCGGCAUUGCGGCCCUGUCGAUUGCACUCUUCAUUGCGGGCACCGUUGCGGGUGUUGCCGGCAUGGUGCUCAAGAAGCGUUUCAUAAAGCCGAAGAACGGUGAGCAAACGCAGGCGUUUAUCGAGUGA